CCUCUCUUUCGAGUUCGUUGCCGCCGUCUCCGGUGGUGAUCGUAUCUCGGCCGGUCUACCUCUCCUCUUUAUCCAUAUCAAAAAGAAAAAAAAAGCUUCAUUCUUUAAGCAUUCAUCUAUUUUCCUCUUGAUUCGUCCGUCUGUCUUGUUUUUAGGUAUACAAUAAUCAGAGGAGAGGUAGGAGAGAGGCAAAAACCCAAAAAAAUUUGAAAAAUCUUUCAAAAACAAAAUAUCCUCUAGGUUUCUCUAGAUCCAAAUGGCUCAGGUUCAGGUUCAAUCACAGGCUACAAACGCUGCUGCUGCUGAUGCUAACCAGUUUGUUACCACUUCGCUUUAUGUCUGCGACCUUGAUCAGAAUGUCACUGAUUCGCAGCUCUACGACACAUUCAACCAGGUUGGUCAGGUCAUUUCCGUCCGCGUUUGCAGGGAUAUCGCCACUCACCGCUCGCUUGGUUAUGGUUAUGUCAACUUCGGCAAUCCGAUUGAUGCUGCCAAGGCAUUGGAUCAGUUGAACUUCACACCUCUCAAUGGAAAGCUUAUCAGGAUAAUGUACUCCCGACGCGAUCCUACUGUCCGCAGAAGCGGCUCUGGAAAUAUUUUCAUUAAGAACUUGGACAAGUCAAUUGAUCACAAGCAAUUACAUGACAUCUUUUCAUCAUUCGGGACCAUCCUCUCAUGCAAAGUAGCUACAGAUUCCUCCGGGCUGUCAAAGGGUUAUGGUUUUGUACAAUUUGAUGGUGACGAAGCUUCCCAAAAAGCUAUAGCAAAACUGAAUGGUAUGCUAGUGAAUGAUAAGCCAGUUUUUGUUGGGCCAUUCCUUCGCAAGCAAGAACGUGACAUGGCUGUUUACAAGUUCACUAAUGUCUUUGUGAAAAAUCUAUCUGAGUCAACCUCUGAAGAAGAUCUAAAGAAGAUAUUCAGUGAAUUUGGACCAGUUACGAGUGUUGUAGUCAUGAGGGAUACUGAUGGAGGCUCCAAGUGCUUUGGUUUUGUCAACUUUGAGAACGCGGAUGCUGCUGCGAAAUCGGUGGAGUCUCUGAAUGGUAAGAAGUUUGACAACAAGGAGUGGUAUGUUGGAAAAGCUCAGAAGAAAUCCGAAAGGGAGCAAGAAUUGAAAAAUAAAAUUGAGCAAAGUGUUAAAGAGGUGACUGAUAAUUCUAAAGGGCUAAAUCUUUAUGUAAAGAACCUUGAUGAAAGCAUUAAUGAUGAAAAUCUUAAGGAUUUGUUUGAUCAGUAUGGCACUAUUACAUCAAGCAAGGUUAUGCUAGACCCUAGUGGGAUAAGCAAAGGAUCGGGAUUUGUAGCAUUUUCUACUCCUGAAGAGGCAAAUAAAGCACUCCUGGAGAUGAAUGGCAAGAUGAGCCAUGGCAAACCCUUGUAUGUUGCUCAUGCACAAAAGAAAGAAGACAGGAGAGCUAGAUUGCAGGUAAAUUUGCUAAAC